CGAUUUUUAAUCGAUUAUUAGAUAAAAUUUUAUAGAACUGGUUUCGCUACAUACUCACUAUUAAUACAUUGCUAUUUAUUAUAAAAUACUUUAAUACUUAAUUUGUGUACUACAGGAGAGAGAUUAUGACAAUAAUGCAUGAUGAAAGUACAGAAAUAUCAUUACGAACAUGGAAAAGAAACGUGGAUUCUAUCGACAAAAUUGGAUACAUGGAUGGUGCAUCUGAUGGACAAACAGCUUCCUUCCAGUCAAGCUUUGACUUUGGUUAUGCACAAGGAUUUAGUUUUGGAUUUAAAUUAGGGUUACACAAAGCUGAAAGUUUUCAGAUAAAAACUAGUAAUGGAGCAAUCCUCAAUGAUCAAAGACAAAUCAAUUGCCAAAUUUGCCAUAACAGUUCUACUUUACAACAACCUGUAGUAAAUUUAUAUAACAUACAGAAGGAGAAGAAUGAAGAAGUAGUAAAGGAAAUAAAAAUAUAAUAUUAAUUUGGUAUUUUUUGAAUAUUUAUUUACUUAAGAAUUAAAGUUAUUUCUACAUUAUUCAUAA